AUGUAUCUUCUACAAAAUCAAUCCAUGAAAAUUAACAUGGUUGUAUUGAGUCUAUUGAUAUUGUUCGACACAUACGUCGUCAAUCUGAUUCUACUCAUUCUGGGAACCAGUUUAAACCUUUUGAUCGUUUUGAUUAUCGUUUGUGUACCUUCCGCGAGGACAUCGAGAAAUUUCUACGUCGUCUGUCUAGCUUGCUUGAACAUUAUAUUAAUCGAACCUCUGGAAGAAAUAUUCAUAUGUUUUUUCGACGUAGAUAUAAAUAUGGACGUGCGUAUAAUCAAUAUCGACGUUUCUAUCAUCAUGAUCGUGAUUAUAAAGUUCGUGCAAUACAUUGACAUCUUUCGGAAUCAAAUAUCGUUUGAUCAUGUAUCAUUGAAGAAAUAUAGAACCGUAAAAGGCAUUCUUUUGAUUUGGUCCUUGUGCAUUAUUUCAAUCGCUAUUUUCUUUCAUAUAUACAAUUAUUUCAAGAAAGAUAUGUGGAAUAUUUACAUAUGCAUCACGAUCAUAUUUAUCAUCAUGCCGUUGAUCAUAUCCGUGUCCAUAGAUGCAUUGACUAUUUACGAAUUGAAGAUAUUGAAAGAAAUCGAAGAAUUGUGGAGGAUGAAGGAGUUGAGGCACUAUAUUAUAUUGGUGAUAAUCGAAAUCGCUUUCAUCCUGUUACGAAUACCGUAUCGAUUGACUAGAGCGAUCAAUUUCUUAGAGCUCUACUCAUUAUACUGCACAGACGAGAAAAAGAAACUGCUCUAUUUCCUGGUCAAGAUGUAUCCUUUCGUCUUCUCGCUCAUUUAUAUCUCGUUAUCGAAUGAAUUUCACGAAAUCAUAAUGAUGAUUCUAAGAAGCGGAUAUCAAAAAUUCUUAAAAGAAAUUCGAAUAUUCUUCAAUGAUAAGACGUGCUUUGUGAACGAAGUUAAACUUGAAACACGUAUCCCGCAAGUUGAUAUUCAUAACAUAGUGGGAGCAAGAGUAUCUCAAACUCUUGAAUAUUAUUUAAGUACUUGCACCUAA